AUGGUCCAUGAGAUGGAGGCGCCAGCCGAACCUGCUCAUCUACCCCUGUUGGUCACAACCAUGCAGCUCCUCUUCCAAAUGGAAGACUGUUUCAAACGAUUGAGAGUGAAAACCUGUUUCAGUUCUUCAGCCGAACCGAAGAUCAGCGAAUGCAAAUAUCUACGCCGACGAUACUCAUUCCUGGUAGGAGCUUUAUCUUAUAUUGAGAUUUAUCUCUUGAGCUCGCACAAGUUAGGAAAACACGCUACUUGGAACCCUCCCGUCACUCCACGACAGCUCAUGCCAGAUAAAGGGGAAUACUUUCGGGAUUCAAAUGCCGCAAGCCAGCGGGCGCAAGCAGUGCUGCAUCAGAACCCCGACAUUACCACUCAUGACAUCGACAUAUUCACUUGCGCAAGUGAUUUCGGGAACCUAUCGCACUGUGUCCACGGAGUAGAACAGACCUUCAGGUUCGUCAUGGAAGCAGUUGGAGGAACGGUGUUCUUCGUUCGUCGAGAGAAUUCCCCUACUCUAUUGAUACCGGGCAUUCGUGGUUAUGGCCAUAACUUUGUUGAUGAGUACACGGCUUGGGGCACUGAUGUAAAGGGUUCUACGUCUCACCAGGGCCUACGUUUUGCUGUCCGUUUUCAAUCCGACCGUUUUAUUGAAAAGGAGGAACAUAAAGCCAGGGCCACCCCUAAUUCUAGGUCCCCGCUUGACGCGUUGGCCGACGCCUCAAUCGAUACCAACAAGAUUCCGGAUAGGUCUGCUCUUACGGUUGAAGAGGAUAAACAACGAGGAAUCCCACAAAACGAUGUCCGUGAUAUCAAAACUCGUUACAUGGGAGGGUUGGGAACUAGAUUUGUUAUGAAGGACACUAGGGCUGGCAUCAACCCCCGUCUUUGGAGAUAUUCGGAAACAAGACGUGCGCGAAGAGCUAGAAAAUGGGAAAGGGACCCCGAAGAUAAGUUGCGGCAACUGGCAAGCUUGUUCAGAAUCCCCAUUAACACUGUGAUGGAGUACGGCGAACCUCUUGAAGUCUACAGUUCGGAAACCGGCCUUUUGGAAAUCCGGAUAGCAGAAGGGGAGAAACCUGCUUUACCCCCUGGGAUAAGGUCUUUAUAG